CUCGUUCAUAAAACCCUAACACGCACUCUCUGAACAUCUCUCUCCCUUCCAUCUCUUCCUUUCUCUCACCGUCUGAUCGCUUUGAAGUAACCAUGGCGCAGGGAGAUUACAUGGAUGAGCACAAGAAGAAGUAUGGACGUCGGUUCGACCACGAUGAACGCGAGCGCAAGAAGAAGGCGCGUGAUGUUCACAAGCACUCCAAAAUGGCUCAGAAGUCUAUAGGUAUCAAGGGUAAGAUGAUUGCGAAGAAAAACUAUUCUGAGAAAGCUCUCAUGAAGAGAACAUUGAAAAUGCACGAGGAGUCAUUAUCAAGGCGUAAAGCUGAUGAGAAUGUUGAUGAGGGAGCUCUUCCCGCUUAUCUCAUUGAUCGUGAGAAAACCUCUCGCGCCAAGGUUCUUAGCAACACCAUUAAACAAAAGAGGAAAGAGAAAGCUGGGAAAUGGGAGGUCCCUCUGCCAAAGGUCCGUCCCGUGGCUGAAGAAGAAAUGUUCAGAGUGAUCCGAUCUGGGAAGAGGAAAACAAAACAAUGGAAGAGGAUGGUUACGAAGGCUACAUUUGUUGGGCCUGGUUUCACUAGGAAGCCACCAAAGUAUGAGCGUUUCAUCCGCCCGUCUGGUCUGCGUUUCACCAAGGCCCACGUCACUCACCCUGAACUUAAAUGCACUUUCUGCCUUGAGAUCAUUGGAAUUAAGAAGAAUCCUAAUGGUCCAAUGUAUACAUCACUCGGUGUCAUGACCAGAGGAACAAUCAUUGAGGUCAAUGUUAGUGAACUUGGUCUUGUUACACCAUCUGGAAAAGUUGUCUGGGGGAAAUACGCUCAAGUGACGAACAAUCCAGAGCUUGAUGGAUGUAUAAACGCUGUUUUGCUUGUGUAAUCAAAGUCUCGGGCAAGAGAGAGAUCUGGAAAGAGACAAGCACAAGGCAAGAAUCAUGGUCGUUAACUUUCUUUUUUGUUUUCUCCUGAAGACGUUUUUGUUUUAUCUGAAGCCUUUAUUAUGUAUCGUUGUGGUUUGUCUUCUCUCCACAUUAACCAGCUCUCAGAGCUUUCUAAGGAUUCAAACUAUUAAAUUUGUUGCUUUUUAUACAAUUUUGAUCCUCUUUUCCGUUGUUUUGCCU